AUGGCGAUUCUUUCACCCUUAUCCAGAGUGUUACCUGGUUGGUGUUGUUUACUUAGUGGGGUGACCCAGACUUUAAUCCCUAAGAGAUCUGAGUCCUUAGUUGCUCUGCCCUACGACGUCAGCAAGGAGAAUGAGAACUUGAAGCCAGAAACUCAAAGAGCGCUCCAGAAGUCUGUGACUGGUAAUACAAAGCAGAUGAGCAGAGACCCCCGAGGUUCCAGUAGCCCCUCUGAUUAUCAAAUCAAUCAUGACCCAUAUGAUGUGGAAAAGAACAAGCACCCAGAGAAGAACCAGAAACCAGAGAACCACCAGAAACUCCUAACGGGAGCCCUCAGUAGCAGAUUUCUGGAUGGCAGAGCAACUGUCCAUUGCAGCUCUGUACCAACUGGAGACCAGUCCCUGUCCUAUAUCUAUGGCCUCCCCAGGAGAAAACUUAGAGACUGGUCCUGGGAACAAAUGGCAAAUAGGGGCUCUGACAAAUCUGAGGUGAACUAUGAAGAGCUACUCUGUUUUUUAAAACUUGCAGCUUCACAUGACUCACUGGAAAGCAAGAGAGUUGUGGACAGCACCCCGAGCAAAGCUGAGGGUGGAAACCGUCAUAGCAAAGGACUUUCCCCUACCCCUCCAAGCAGUACUGGCCAUCAAAACUCCAACUCACAGUCAGAAGUGAACAAGAGCCUAUUGGAGACCUUAAAGAUGGCACUGAGGACAACCAAUGGCAACCUCAGCCUAGAGAACCUUAAUCUGAGUCUUCAAAAAGAAGAUCACUCAUUCUUGGGCUACCUGCCCCCACCCAAGGUCAGGCUUAUAUGUGGGAAACAUGGAUUAUGUGUGACUUUGAGCCUCCUGGAAACAUUGCUUAACCAUCAAGAUUUGGCUCACCAAAACAAAAUAAAGUGGCAGAAUUUUGUUGAGUUGUUAAGCAAAGCUUCCUCAACUUUGUCCUCUGAUUUGCCUACAGGUAAAAAAGGAAAGGAAACCUCAGUUGCUCCAGUGCAGGCUGAAGUUCCAGCUAUGUCUCAAGGCAAAACUGAACAUAUGAAAUCUCCAGAAGAGGAGCUGCAGCCAGAAAACCUUCCUGCUGAGACUUCAGCCCCCCAAGAUCCCCUGGGCUCUCUGACGAUUAGGCCAGUCUCACAGCCUUUUGCGAGUCCAACAAUGAACAACAAUAAGUCUGCAGAAUGCGAGAUGUGGAUUGACAGGUUCAGGAAGCUAGAAAAUGUCCUCUACCUGUGUGACCUGAAUAAUACAGGAGUCCUAGAGAAGGAACGAGCCCAGCACCUCAUUCACAACUACAAUCUCAUUUACAACCUGUCCCUGAGCCCUUGGAAAAUUGACCAGGCCUUGAGGAGGUUUAGUUUGGAAGAAAAUAUGCUGUUGGAACCAGCACUCCGGUACUUAAAGGAGCUAUGA